UUGUUUGCGAGAGUCUUCAUUUGACUUUUUGCGUUGAAGGUGUGAAUAAGGAAAGGCGCGAAAUGUGCAGAUUAAAAGUAUUUCUUUUAUUGUUUUUGUUUAGUUUUAUAACUAUAAACAAUGUUGAAAGCACAAAAUUAAAUUAUCCGCGUGUUCUAUUACCAAUAUUUGAUAAAAUAUCCAUAAAUUUUACAUUGGAAGUUAUUGAAAAAGGCUGUUUCAAAUGGACUUCAUCGAGGCAGGACUUGAUACUGAUAACACCACUUUAUGACGAUAGCGAGGAAUGUUCUCAUCGUGCAACUGUUACUGUGGUGUCACGGGAGCGUCGGCGAAAUACAGCGAUUGUUUUAGCCGAGUCAUUGUCCACUGAUGCCACAUUGCGUUGUGAUGUUAUUAUUGAUGUUAUUGAUAAGCUUGGUGUACACACAACGACACGUCAAUUAUACUUGGAGGAGGCGCCAGAAACUUUUGAAUUACGUGCCGAAGAUUCUCAAGGCAAUGCGUUCACAACUUUAGAGGGUGUAGAAUUUAAUUGGGAAAUCUCUUCAAUUACUAGCAAAAGUAAAGGUUGGCUGCCUGCGUUGCGUUUCUUAUCGUUUAGCGAAAGUGAAUAUCAUGAAGUGCCAUCAUCCUUAGAGAAGUUUGAAGUGCAGCGUAUGAAAGGCUAUAUGGUAUUACUGGAAGGAAUAAAUACUGGCACUGCUAAGGUGACAGUUAGUCUACCGCAUGAAGAAUACCGUCAUGUGAACAAAAUUGAAGUGUUUAUUAGUGUUUUGGCGAAUAUCAUAUUAGAACCAUCUGAAGUUCAUAUGUUAACUGGCGAUACAAUUAACUUCCGUAUUUUACAACUGAAAAUGGGAAAAUUACAAGAAAUUUCUUUGAAUAAUCAGUAUUAUUUGGAAAUUGACGAUAAUACGGUAGCUAGUAUAGAUGACGCCAAGGCAACGGGCCUUAAGCUCGGUCGUACCGUUGUAGUGUUACGUGAUCGCAAUGCUCCACUUGACAAUAACUUCUCUGGUGAUAACUCUAUAACAAAAUCAUCUGCACCAAGUGCAAGACUUACUGUGGCAAGACCUUUUAGAUUGGGUGUAACACUCUUACCUUUUAACAAUUGGAUAACCGUUGCAGGAGAAAUGCACAUAAUUGCUUUUGAUCUAUACACGAGUGAUGAUAAAAAGUUAACACUUGGUUCAAAGUAUAGUGUGGUAUCAGAGUUGAGCAGUCGAAAUUUUGAAAUUAAGCAAGAAAAUACUAAUGGUAGUCGUUUGUACGGUGAAGCAUUGCAUAAGGGCACUGUAACUGUUUCUGGACAAUUUAAGCAGUUAAGCGUUGUUGCUGAAAUGCAUAUUUAUGACAACUUAGUGCUGGUACCGAGCACUGUAAUUUUACCAUUCGAUCCACAGGUCAAUAAGAUUCAACAAAUUCAAUUUGAGGCAAACGGUGGUGAUGGCUUUUAUAUUUGGCAAUCUCAAAACUCCCGUGAUAUACAAAUUACACAGAAUGGUUUGGCCACAACAAUUAUACGUGACACAGAUAGAAAGCGACAUUUAGAUGCUUACUAUGCAGGCACUGUAUUACGAAGCCGCGGUAGCAUAAAAGUUGCAUUAACAAAGAAUCCUAAAAUAAUACGACAAGCGGAUAUAUUUUUCAUGCCACCGGUCAAAUUACAAAUUGUUAAAUAUAAUUUUGAAACUGCAUUAGAUGAUUUCGUACGUAUACAUUUAGCUCUUCAUACGUUCGUUAAUGGCACUUAUGUGCCCUUUACCACAUGUGAUAUGAUAGAUUUUGAUUUAGAGUUCAGUAAUAAAAUUUUCCAAGUAGAAGACGUUGAUUGGAAAAAAGAACAUAUGACACUUGUUUGUCAAGUUAUACAUUUGCGGGCAACAGCAACAGGUUUAACGCAUUUAAAGAUCUCAUAUCAGUUUCAGGAUAAAUUAUUGAAAGAAGAAGUUACGUUGAGUGUUUUCGACAAACUUGAUAUACUCAAUCCUACAUCAAAUGAAAUUGUCUUACCUAUUGGUGCGUCGCGUAACAUUAUUUAUAUGAAUGGUCAACAACGCAUUUUUACAUUAGAAGCUGAGUUAGUCAAGGAGACUGAAUAUGAUCAGAGUGUGGCGAAAAUCAAUGAACUCGAUGUUGAAUCUUCAAAUGCUAUAUAUGCUUAUAAUAUUUUAUGUACUAAAAUCGGUAGUACGACUCUUGAUUUCAAGAUUUUUAAUAAAUUAGUGCCAAAGAAUUUCAUACCUUACACAUCCAAAAUUUUGACUGAGAUACAUUGUGUUGCUCCACGUUUUCUUAAUUUAUAUGCCACUGAGAAACUGCGUCCAACGUGUCCUAUGCAAAUGAAGCUUUCGCUUCUACAUCUCAAAGAUCGCGAUGAAAAAUUCGAAAUAGAAAUUGAAGUACAAGAUGCGCAAAACCGUAGAUUAAUGAAUAUUUCAUCGCUGCUUAUUGAUUGGAAGUUCGCUGUUGGUGAUGAACGUUUCCACUCUGAUUCAACAUUGCAUUAUCGUCGAAAUGCUGUAAUAGAGUUUAUUAAAGGUGUACCUAUACCGAGUAAAGAUUUAUUUGUUACAACAUUUCCGGAACCAGUGCCAAAUUUCCGCAUACGUGGUGAUGUUACAAAUUAUAUACCAGGCAUACUGAAUCACUUUAAUAUACGUGCCGAAACGCCGGUCUUUGCAGCCACAAAUCAUAAAACUCAAAAACUUCAUACGCCAUCAAUAACAAAUGAAAUAAGCUUUAUGGCUGUGAAUAGUACACUGUUUUUAUCUGAUCAUGUUAGUAUAUUUAUGGCUAAACAGCAUCGUGAACAUAUACCAAUUGCACAGGGUAGCGGUUAUUACGAUUUUACUCUGAGUGAAACUGGCAUUGUAAAUAUUGAAUUUCUCGCUAAAGAAAGAGAACUCAUAUUAACGCCUCUUCGUAUGGGACAUUCACUCCUUCAACCUGUGCAAGUACAAAACUUAGUAUUUUAUCCUGGACAAGAGUAUGGCAUCUAUGAACGCCCAAAUCAGCAUGUCAGCAACAGUCACAACAGCAACAACAACAACAACAACAACAAUAAUGCACAACAAAAUGCAGCAAUAAUAACUACUGGAGCUGAUAGCAAUGCACAACAAGUUGAUAAGUUUUACGAAAAUCAAGACAGAAAAAUGGAUUUAUGUGAAGUUUUAUGUCAAAAUUCUUGCUUCAACGCAUAA